AUGGCGCAACAAUCUCAGCUCUUCACAUCAGGCCACUUCCAGACGAUUGACCUCUCGUCAGCAAACGACCAAGUCAUCAUAGAGGACCAGAUAUACGGCCAGUUCACCGUCACCGAACCCGUUUUGGUGGAGCUCCUCCGCUCGCCCGCCGUCGUCCGACUGGCUGGCGUGCACCAGCAUGGCAUCUCGGGCCUCCUGCGCCUCACUCCGCCCGUCUCGCGCAUGGAGCACUCGGUCGGCGCCUUUCUGCUUGUGCGUCUCGUGGGCGGCGCCGUCGACGAGCAGGUCGCGGGUCUGCUGCACGACAUUAGCCACACGGCCAUGAGCCACGUUGUCGACUUUGCCCUGUCGGCCCCCGGCGAGGGCAGUUUUCACGAGGUGCACAAGAUGCGCUACGUCAUGAAAACCCAGAUCCCCGAGAUCCUCGCCCGCCAUGGGUUCACGGAUCUCAGACCCCUCGAAGAAGUCCUGUACCCGCUGGUCGAGCAAGAUGCGCCCCAUCUCUGUGCCGACAGGCUCGACUACGGGCUGCGCGAUGCCGUGGGCUUUGGUCACAUGAGCCUCGAGGACGCGCAGAGCGUUCUCAAGUCGCUCAAGGCCGUUCCGUCCUCGUCACACCCAAAGCGCAUAUUGGUUCUGCAGGAUCCGCAGCUUGCCUUGGCUCUCGCAAAAGCCUACAUGGCCUGCGACAAGGAAGUCUGGGGCAACACGGCACACGGGGACAUUUACAUUCGAACAGCCAACUUGAUGAAGACGCUCAUUAGAAAUGGGAGCGUACACGAGGACGAGCUCUGGACCUUGUCAGACGCCGAGUUCUGGAUCAGGAUGCGCCAGGCGGCCGAUGCAGAGGGCCAAAAGGCAAUGGAUCGACUCGAGACAGAAGGGCUGCCUGACGAGAAAGGACUCCCAUUACCCAGAAGUGCAAAGGUACGGACAAUAGACCCUGAUAUGCUGUUGGCACAUACAGAACAGCCAUUACCUCUUUCCGUGGUGCUGCCUGAGUAUGCUGCAGAGAAGCAAGACUACAUUAAGAUACGAAGAGCUUUAUAUGCCCCGGCUUGA